GAGAGGGGGGCGAAAAGACUAGAGAGAGAGAGAGAGAGAGAGAGAGAGAGCAAAAGAGAAAGAGAGCGAAGAGGGGGGAGAGAGAGUAGAAACCCUAGAUGGGCGUUUCCGAAGCCCACCCGUCGUCUCCUCCUCCCCGACCAUCAUCAUCGUCAUUCUCAUUCUCAUUCUCAUUCUCAUUCUCAGCCCCGCCCCUUAUUUUCCUGCUCGUCCUCGUACCGACCGUCCUCUCUCUCCUCUGGCCCGUCUCCGGCGCCGACAUCUACGCCCUCGUCUACAAGGGCUGCGCCAACCAGACCCUCGGCGGCGGCGGCGGCGGCGGCUCCCAGCAGUCGGUGGCCGCGGUCGCCUCCGCCCUCAUCGCGCAGUCGGCCUCCGCCAAGUUCUACAAGGCCACCUCCUCCUCCGGCGGGGGCGGCGUGUUCGGGGUCUUCCAGUGCCGCGGCGACCUGAGCCCGGGCGAGUGCUCGUCGUGCGUGGGCCGCGCGAUCCCCAUGUGGUCGUCGCUCUGCGGCUCGGCCGUGGCGGCGCGGAUCCAGCUGACGGGGUGCCUGGCCCUCUACGAGGUGUCCGGCUUCCCGCAGGUUUCGGGCACGCAGAUGCUCUUCAAGACCUGCGGCUCCGGCGGCGGCGGCGGAUCGGGCUUCGAGGUGCGCCGCGACACCGCGUUCGCGCAGCUGCAGAGCGGGCUCAGCGGCGGGAAUGGGUUCUACGCGACGAGCUACGAGGGGGUGUACGCGAUGGCGCAGUGCGAAGGGGAGCUGUCGGCGGGGGACUGCGGGGAGUGCGUGGCGCAGGCCGUGCAGAAGUCCGAGGUCGAGUGCGGCGGCGCCCCCUCCGGCCAGGUCUACCUCGACAAGUGCUACAUCAGCUACAGCUACUACCCCAACGGCGUCCCCCGCGGCGGUGCUUCCCCCGGAGGAGGAGGAGGAGGAGGAGGAGGAGGAGGAGGGCAGCAAACGACGAAGACGGUGGCGAUAGUGGUGGGAGGAGCGGCGGGGCUCGGAUUUCUCGUCAUCUGCUUGCUCUUCGCCAGAAGCCUUCUCAAGAAGAAAGAUGAUUUUUGAAGAGGUUGUUGGAGAGGAAGGGGGAGGGAGGGGAUAGGUAGGAAAGUUAGAAGUGAGGAGAGGAGAUUGGGUUCGAAAUUUGGGGAAUAUGGAUUUUUGUCCCUUUGGAGUUGAAUGGAAUGGGGUAUACAGGGGGAUUAUUUUUUGGCGUUUCUUCCUCUGCCCAUGUGAGUGUCUUCAGAGAGAGAGAGAGAGAGAGAAUGAAUGGGUUGAUGCACAAAAGAAAAAAAAAAAAGAAAAAGAAAAAGAAAAAGAAAAUAAACGAACAAACGAAAAGCGGGGGCUCCCAUUGUCUCUCUGGUCCUGUUGGAAGAUGCUGUGUGUUCGGUGUGUUCGGUGGUGCAUGGCUCGUCCCCGUUACUGUACAUCUCCUGUCCCUGCCGUAGAGCUGUAAGACAGCAGAAAUUAAUUUACGGGAUUUUUCCAAAGAAUUUGCUUUCCUGAUUUUCAAAUUUUGCAUAAAAAUAUGCCUCUGUUGGGACCGCCUGUGGUUACUUUGCUUUGAUUGUUAAUUUAAAAUUUGCUUCUCUUUUUA